AUGUAUUUGUAUAGCGUGUUCGUGCGUUUGACCGCACAAACGUAAGCAUGUAUGCGAAAUUAUUAGCGAUUAAUUAUGUCAUAUAAGUACCGAACGUUGCAACGAAAAUGCUGUGUAAGCGAACAGCUGAAUCCGGAUGGAUAUAAUAUAGCGAAAUGUGAGUGCUGAAAUAGCCGAACGCGUCCAGUAAGUGAGGACCUGAACCGUAUUUGAUGCCGUGGGGGCCUUGUUGCCUGGCGUGAUGGUUAGGUCUACUUACUGUUUAGUAGUCACUAGGACGUGAUCCGCGGCGAUAGUAAGCAGUAGUUGCACCAAAGAAAUCUGCAGAAGGAUUCCUGGACACUGUUCAGCGAUGGAAACCUCGUGGGACACAGAAGUAUUCCAAAAUGGCGACUGGAUGAACCGGAAGUGCAUUCAGACGCUGACCUUGAACGGUGUGGAGACAGGUAAGGGAUGCACCUUAUAUAGGGGAGUGGUUUAAUUCUAGCCCUUUCCACAAAUACAGGCCAAACGGCCUUAACACAUGUAUAUAUAUAGUAACCUGAAGUUGUCUCCUGCGGAUGAUACUAUCUUUGUUAUUCAGCUCCACCAGGUGCAGCAUCACUGUUGUGCUCUCACACUUAUCUGAGAAUAAACUGUGGGAUCCUCUAUGGACCAACGUUGAUAUGUGAAAAGAUGCCCUAUUCCCAAAGCUGUUGCUUACAAUAUCACUGUGACAGUCAUUUUAAGCAAGACAAAUAAAAUAAAAAUAUACAAUAAAUCUAUACAAUUUAUCACUAUACUAAAUUAUAUAUUUAGUGCAAAAUGCCAAAUCAUGUCAGGUUCACUUUAAAUUAUAAUUCUAGUAGGAUUUAAAUGUUUAUGCAUCAGGUUUAGUAGAUGGAGCCCACUAUGCAGCAGGAAGCCAGAUAAAGUAAUACUAAGAUCGCAGUGUAGAUGACAGUUCAGAUAAAAGCGUGGUCAGGAAUGCAUAAGGUCAGGACAAUCAUCACAGGUUCUUAAAUGGUUAACCAGGCAAGGGUUAAAUAUCAGACAUAGAGGGAAGAUAACACCACUAUGAGCACAGUAUACGGGAGAAAGAAGGGACAGGGGAAAGCUGUCAAAUAUGGAAGAAGAAGCAUUCUCCCCCACAUCACUCCCACAAAUACACCUUGUUUUCUAUUUAUAGGGCAUCGCUCAGGUGUGUGUGCACCUAUGGAGGUGGGUCCUCCCUAAGUCUUUCUCGUUCCACUUCGGAUGGAGAGAAAAAGACCUUUUGCCAUUAAACACGCAUAGCAAGGAGACCAUAGAGGCACGUGUUGUCGAGGCACCUCCAGGAAGAAAGGGGAAGAUGCUGCGAGGAAGUAUGAGGUAAGUUUAAGGGAGAGUAGGGACCCGAUAUUAUUUCACAUACCAGAACGCGCAAAAGAGUCAACUGAAGUCUGCAACACUAAUGUCAUCAUAAUAUAAAUUUCUUCAGGCACCUGUAAGCACCCUGUUUUAAGUGAAUUGAGUGCGGUUACUUUUUCUAUUUUUGCAAUCAUAAUAUUAAUGAUAUAAUUAUAGUGUACCUCUUUCCAUACCGUUGUGGAAAAACAACUCUUUUUUUAUCAGUGUAUUUAUUAUGUUGCCAUUUACCAUUAGCAUUUGUGCAAGUGACCUCUCACUCUGUUGCAUUAUUGUGGUAUCAUCAGGUGGAUUGUAACGAUGGAAUGUAUGAUGGAAUGUAUGAUACUUCUUUACAUAUCCUUAUGGUAUCCAUGUGUUGUACAGUACACUUAUAUCGUCCAUACACAGAAUAAAAUGCAUGUCAAUGAGUUAUAUACAAAAAAAAAAUACAGUUCCUUGAACAUCAUAACAAAUAUCUGUUUAUUCAAGGUGUUAUGACUGAAGCAAGAUAAGUAUUACAGUAAUUGUUAAAAAUCCAGAUGAAGCUUCAACACCAAAUAAGAUUAUAAAUUAGACUCAGUGGAAAAGACUAAAUGGGAGGAAAACUGGUUCAGAAGGCUCAAUUCAAUUAUACAUGAAGAACUAAGCCUCUCUGCCAGUGCAUGCAGAAUUAUAAUUGUUUUCAAGCAGAACUGAGAAAUAGCUAUUUAAUUUAUGCUGUGGUUUAAAGGCUGUAGUUUUUCCAGCAAAGAGGUGUGUUGAUUGAUGUACUUGCUACAUCGUAUAUUCCUCUGUUACAGUGUACUUAUCAAUCUGUCUUUUAACAUUCUGAGAAUAUGCCUUUGAUUUUGAAGGAUAGCCCUUUGGGUUUAUAUGUAUUGUUAUAGGCAGGAAGUAUAUUGUAUCUCUGAAGUAAAAUCAAUUUAUAUGUAGUCUUCAAUUUUAUCCUUAAUGUCAGGUGCUAAUAAGCUUGGUCAAAACAUUUUGGGGUACAGGUAGAAAUAAAAUUGUGUUAACUUGUGAAUAGUGUGACUUAAAAAAUGAUAUUGCAUUUUGAAAGACCUAUUCAAGAGAUAAAAAUCUUACCUUCAGAGGUAUGUAUGAAAUUAUUUGGGUAACAUAUGGGACAAGUAGUAUUUAUAGAGGAUGAUUACAUAAAACAAGGAGGACUAUAAUACACUUGGUAUUGAUAACUUCAACAAAUUUUAGGGAAACAUCAAAUUAAUAAAAAUAAAGAGGGGUAUCCAGUGCUGAAAAACUAUUUGUGGCAGGAAGCAACUUCAGGCUGACCUUUGUUCUUAUAUGUUAUAUCUAGCAAAACAGUGCACUACUGUAUUUAUUUUUAAAAAUCAAUUAGUUAAAUUGUAUGGAUUAAUAUAGUUUAUUAGAUUGCCUUUGUACAGGCAAGACUGGUGGUCAUGAAAGAUAAAUAGUUAUAGCUUUUGCCCAGGAUUGGCUACAGACCCAAUAAAUUACUUAUCUAAAAGUAGAUUUAAGAGUACCAUUGCCAGUUAAGCAGAAAAGGAAUGGGUUAAUCAAUAAUCACAAAAUGAGUUAAAGAUUUCCAAAAUCUGUUGUUGAGAAGAGGCUAUUCAAACUUUCAAAAAAAGUUCAUGCUUCUAGUAUUCAUCAUAGCAAAAACAUUAACUUUACAAAAACAAAACUUUUUUUUUUAUCAUGAAACAGCAAUAUUAGAAGAGAACCAAAACCCUUUAAAGCAUCAAAUGCAUGAAAGCUAUCAUUAGGUUUGGGGAAUGAAAGUUUAUUAUUGCGUUGGAAAAGGCCCUCUUACUGUACGUCACCAACUAUCUGACUGCAUGAGAACUUCACAACAGAACUUUGCACUUCCCUAUUUCAAUUAUUUAUUUUUUCAGUAAUCAACACACAUAGGUGACAUUUAAAUAAGAAAUGGUAUUAACAGUUGCCAUAAUGGUGGUAAAUAAAAGUUCACAGGGUUAUGUAAAAAAGGGUUGUGUUCUCAAAAGAGGGUAAUUUAUGAAAAUUGGUCCAAUUUCCAUAGAAAGCAGUGGAACCAGCAGGCACACUACAUUAGUGAAUUGCCCCCUUUACAGCACUUUUUAUACAUGACCAUCAGUGUUAGUGUUUUGUCUGAGCAAAGACAUACAAGCAUCUUUUCAUGUUUUAAUCCGUUUUUUUUUUUGGUUUUUUUUUGUGUGAUGGAAUGUAUAUUUUUUUCAAUCCUUUAAACCUCCUGGCAGGUCAUUGCCUGUUUGAAUUGAUGCUUUGUUAUUUUAGAAUUUUAAAUAAAAGUGAAGCUUUAAUUGGGAACCUUCUAAGCGCUCUACAAAUUUUGGAGUACCAACUUAUCAAAAAAUCCUGUUUAAUAGCUUGCCUUUCUUUUUUUCUAGUCCACCUACUUAACAUGACUUUGUCACUAUUAAUGCACUUCAGGAACACUGUAGGCACCCAGACCACUUCAGCUCUUUGAAGUGGUCUGGGUGCAAUGUCCCAUGUCACUUAACCCUACAGUGGUAAUUAUUACAGUUUCUGAGAAACUGCAAUAAUUACCUUGCAGGGUUAAGUCCUCCUCUAGUGGCUGUCUACAAGACAGUCACUAGAGAGACGUCCAGGUACUUAGACGACUUUUGGUUGUCUAAACGAUGGUGGACAUCCUCACGCUAGCUGGUCAAUGGAUUAGCUAUCCCUAUAAAUAGCUAAGCACUGCACUUGGUCAGUUCUUGGUUGUUCUUGUGCUUGCCUCAGUCUCUUAGCAUCCUGGUUUGGUUCCUGAUUCUUGCUCCUGGUUCCUGAUUCUUGUUCCUGGUCCUGGUUUUUGUUUCUGGUUCCUGAUCCUUGUUCCUGGUCCCCGAUUUCUAGUUCCGGAUUCUCUGUAAACCGUCUCGGCUUCUGACCUUUGGCUUUAACUCUGACCACGCUUCUUGUCUCUGACCUUUGCCCUCUGGCAUCCUCCUACCUAUUUGUGGUUUUCCUGGUUUUUGACCUUUGACUUGACUCUUGACCUCGCUCCUUUGCUGCCAACCCUGACCAUUGGGCUGCCUAACACUACUCCCAGUUCUUUCUGGCUUCAUCACUUCCUCUGUAAAUAAAAACACCCAUACCCUCAUAUAUCUCCCAAAUUCCUGUAUCACUCUCAGGCACCUGGGAAGGUUGUGUCUGCAAAGGGUUGCUGUUACACUGCAAAUGAGUACCUCUCCAAGCAAACCAUCUGGUAGGUUAUCACAUAUUUAAUGCUUUCUGGACACAAUUUUAAUAAUAUCCAAGAUAUAAAUUAGCUCAUAUUUCCCUUAUACACCAAUAUGAGACUACAAAAUAGCAUCACUUCUGUGAAAUAUAUUUAAUAAAUAAUAUAACAGUUAUGCAUGUUUCAUGUUAGAUUUUGUGCAUUUGGGAAAAUAUGUUGUUUUGAUGUUGAAGUAGUGGGAUGGAAUCUUAUUAGACAGUAAUCACCUUACAAUGUUGAUAUUUUACAUUUAUUUGAAUUGAAAACAUUUCUAUGGGUAUAUGGUGGAGGUACACGAAAAUGAGGAACAUAUAUUUGAGUAUAUGUAAGUAACAGCUGAUACAUUUCAAAGCAGAUGGUAAACUUUAAAUACAAGGAUUUAUUUUCCUGUACAGAUAUCUAAUGAUAAUAAUAAGAAGAAUGUGCCUAAAUGCUCAGAAAAACGUGCUACCACCAAGCUAACCUGAUACACUUUACAAACACUUACAUAUCCAAAGAGAGAAGAAUAGGAGACACAGCCACUGAAUUCUGUUAUGCAUAACAUUUGUUGUCUGCUGCAUUAUUCUAAGUCCUUUGUGUUCGUAGCAACUUUCCCCACUAUUAGGUGAAAACAUUUUCAAUUGCUAUUGCUAUGCCUGGUUUCCUAACGAAAUAUGUACCUAUUGCUAGACAGACUGUCAGAUAAGGUCAAAUAGCUUGAAGGUAGACCAUGGAGCUUAGUGGAAUAUGGCCUUAGCAGCGCUAGAAGGCGGCCAUUCAUACUUAGUGUGUUUGGAUUUACUAGUUAUCUGGGAUGGGCAGGCUGCUACAUAAAGGGCAGCAAUCUUAAAAUUUCCCAAUUCUAAUGCUUUCUCAAAGACCUUGCUGUUGUCCCUCCGACUCUCCCUGACUUUGUGUUAGGUUUGGAGUUAUCCAUCAUCUGGUCACACUGGCUGGAUAGGUAAAUUAGGAGGUGGAAUGGGUUAUUACUAGGGAUUGCAUUAAUGGUUAAAAGUUGGUAUGUGGUUUAAAAGUUGGUAUUGUAGGUUUAGAGCUGGCCAGUUGCUCAGAACUUGGAGGGUGUAGUGGAAUCUCGGUAUAUACCCUACAUUGGAUCAUUCGGGCAAGUUGGCAUGGUAGGUUUCGCGCUGGCCUGUGGCUCAGAAUCUGGGGUUGUAGGGGUAUGUCAGUAUACCCCUAUAUUGGAUCAUUCGGGCAAGUUGGCAUGGUAGGUUUCGAGCUGGCCUGUGGCUCAGAAUCUGGGGUUGUAGGGGUAUGUCAGUAUACCCCUACAUUGGAUCAUGAGGGUAAGUUGCUUGCACUUCAUUAUGUUUCAUGGUGUUAUUUAUGUUGUUAUAUUGUUAUGGUGAUAUGUUGUUAAUUUUGGGGUCAUUGUCAUUGUAAUGUUGUGGGGGGUUAGUUAUAUACUUUGUCAUAGAGUUUGUUUGACAAUUACUUUUUGUAUUAAAAUUUAUAUUAUAUUAAAAGCUGUGGACAGAAUUUUACCUAACAUAUUGUGUUGGUGUUCGUGCAUUAUUAAAUAUGUAAGGGGAGUUUUAUUCUUAAUGCCCAAGGGUACAACAAUCUGCCUAUCAAGGUCUCUGAUAUAGUGGCCACACUGGUUGCUCCUGACUAUGCUUUCAGUCUGUAUGCAGGCCAUCGUUCAAGCCGAAUCUUAGUCUCUAUCUGCAUGCAAGAAUGUUAUUGACUGGCCUGUCUAGCAUUGUUAUAAUAUACUAUAAUACAAUGUUAUAUUAUCUUAAAAUAUAAUAUAAGAAUUAAAAAAGAAGAAGAUAGAUUUCCUAAAGAAAGAAAAGAUUUUUUUACAGAGAAACAGGCUUUUGGAGUUCCUGUGAGUUUUAGAUUUUCUGCAUUUUGUUUAAAAGCACUUUUUCGUGAACAUAAAUGUUUUUGAGAAUUGUUUGUAUUCACUACAUAUGGUUUAUUUUUUCAUUGCCCUUGAUGAAAGGAACACUCUAAACACUCAUUGGAAUGAAAUUGUCAUGGUGCCAGGAGGUGCCAGGUGCCUGCUUACCUAGUGAUUAUAUCUUUCACAAAUGGUUUAACUCGAAAUUUCAAUAACCAGCAACUGAUUGUUGUCUCUGUUGUCCUUCUGCUGCUGAGAAUCUUAAAAGAGGAAUCCUCAGUCAGGGACACCGCUAUUUGGCUAAGAGCGUUAACUGUUACUCUAAGCCAGUCAGUAGUUCCCCUUUCACAAAACAACUUGAGCAAAAUCUGUAUAUUUGUGGGGUUAUACCAUUUGCAAAUGAUGUAGCGUCAAAAGGCAAGUCUGUGCCAGGGAUGUCCUGGCACCAUAACAACUCAUUCCAAUGAGUGUUCCUUUAAUUGUUUAAAUAUUUAUGAUUUAUUUAAUGGGUUCAAACUGAUAAAACCAUUAAGUUACACUUAAAGUAAAUAUUAAAUAACUAGUUUGUUGGUGUUUUAUUUAAUGUGUAACUGAAGAUUAUGAUCUUGAACAUUCCACUCACUUGGAGAGUCACAAGGAGGCUGUUAAAAUUAAAUAAGAGUUUCAAUCAAAAUGUAUCUAAUUAAUGUCAUUUUUCAUUUCUACUGUGUAUAGCUUUUUAUAAAUUUAUUUCUAUUAUAUUGCACAUUGCAAGUAUCCAACAGCUGGAAUUUAUUACUGCUCUUUCAGGGCUCUCUGUCUUUUUCUUUGUCAGAUCUCUUUGGAAUAGUGUUCUUCCACAAGUCCUUCUUCAAUUUGUACUUAAUUAUCUCAAACUCCAAUUUGAGCAAGCAAGAUCUUGAACUUUAUCCAUUUGUUUUCCAACUGAUCCUAAACAUUAAUUUGUAAUGUUUUUUAAUUAAUUUUUUAAAUUCUUUAACUUCUUUUAUCUUGCAAUGAUACAUUUACAAAGGUGUGGUGACCAGUGAAGGUGCAUAAGUUCCAACAGUAAUCAUCAAUGCGAUGGACAAGCCCGCCGGUAGCUCAUUUUGAUCACAUAAAAUCAUUAAGCUAUAUCCUCACUGAGAGAAACAUACAUUAUAACAUUGUCAACCCACUGGAUAGUAAUUAUCAUGUAGCAAAGGUUGUAACUACUUCAAACACUGGUCCACCAAUGAAUGUAUUGCAAUAAAAGAUGCAAACUAAGCAACUUCAUAUGGACAGUCUUACUUUGAAGAUAGAAAGGACAGUUAAGUAAGAAAGAUAGAACAGUAGCAAGUAGAGUAAAGGAUUCCCUGUGUAUAGGUACUCUGUAGCUGAGAGGUGGAGGGGGUGGUGGAGUGGGGUAUCUGAGUCCUGUCCAUGGAUUUGUUUAGAAGAGAGGUUGCGUCACCUGGGGUAGGGUGUACCUGUCCCCUCUGAGGUGUGGAAGUGUCUUGACCUCCCUUUAUCCCUGCUGCCACUCACAUUAGAUAGUGCAUUCGCUGAACCAUGAUGAAAAGGUUGUUUUUUGUUUGGUUUUCUUGUUAACAUAUAUAGCUCGAUAUAAUCUGUGCCUUCCCAGUUUCCCCUCGGCACUUCUCCCUCCCAUUCUUGUGUGUAGAGUACUGUUAGAAUAUUUAUAUCAACAGACAUUUUGUGGUAAAAAUAAACUAAAAGUGUAUAUUGCCAAAGUCACUCAGAACAAAGCGGACUCCAUUUUGCUAUCUUCAGGAUAACAAAAACACAUAAGUUCCUUGAUUUCUCCUUACGUUCUGUAACUAGCCACUUGUUUGAGCUGAGGAAUGCAUUAUCUAAACACAGACACUAGUGACAGAGAAGACUAAGUAAUUAAUUUUACUUUCUAAAUUUUACAAGGUUCCAUUGUAAGUAAGGGUUGAAACUGAGUUUAGAACUGUCAAUUUUACAAAUUACGAUCAAAGUAGUUGCCACAAAGACUGGGACAAACGCUUUGAACUGACAGCAAAUCUAAGUUAUGGUAGUCAUUUUAGAUAAGCCAAAUGAUGUCAAAAUCGUCAUCAGGAAAAGUUAACUCUUUCCUGGAUAAGAAGGAUUCGUUAGACGAGACUGCCCUCUAUGGAUCAAAUACCUAAAUUGCAAUCCAUAGAUUGGACACACCUACGGCUUCUUAUUGGUUUAUCAACUAAUGUCGUACAAAGAGUCUGGCCCUUUAAAAGUAAGGACAAAGGGAAAAGUUAGGAAUACAGAGAAUAGACAGAGAGGAGACCAAUGGGAAGUUUGGGAUUCCGAUUCGGACAUGCAGAGAGAGAGACUCCAGGACAAUAUCUGGGAAUAACACUCGACUCUUAAACUCAUGGACACUCAACUCUUUUAAACUCUUAACACUUAGAGUUUUAAUCUGACUUUCUAACCAACACCACUUUCUCUAUCACUCACGCACUCCAUACAACCAAUCAAGUUCCUGGGUCUAUCUACUCAUCUGAUGAGAAUAUCUACAUAACUGGUAAUUAUGCUGGUUUUAUUUAAUUAAUUUAAAUUAAUUAAAAUUUACUAAUAGCAUGAUAUAUGACUGGAUAAAUCACGGUCAGAUUUCAAUAUUUAGAAAUCUUAGUUAACUAAAGAAUAUAUAGUUAUAAACAUUCCAUUCUGCAGGUGGAAUUAAGAAUAAUUAUAUAUUAAUGUGAUAGUAUCACGUGUUAGCAUACCGCUGUUUCUAUCCAGGUGUAUUGAUUUGCUCUAAUAUAAGAUAAGAUAUCUUUUUAGACAAAUUAAAAUUCGACUUUUGUAAAAAUCUGGUAGAUUAUUCUUAUUGGAUGGUUCCAGGAAAUGACUAAUGAGCUGGUUUAAAUAUUAUUCUAAUUGUAAAUCACAGGAGAAUGGGAUACUAUAUGCCUAGGAGGAUCUAGCCAGCAUUGAAAGGGUUAUUCAGUUGUUUUAACUGUUAGCCAAGGUUUUAUGGCUCUUCGCUGUGAAAAGCUUUACUUUCGCUGUAUAAAAAUACCUCAUAAAUCUUAAGUGACAGAAAGUGCUGUUAGCCUUUGGAACAUGUAUAGCUAUUCCAUUGUAUUGCAUAUUUAUGUUGUACUAAAUAUUCACUGAUUAUUAUCAUGCAUGCUGCCUAAUAUUAUUGUUAAUUAUUGGUCAUAAUAAAUAAAUCUAUUUUUAUAACAGAUUGUGAUCAUUAAUUGUAUGGAAUACUUUUCACUUAUUUGAUAACGAUCUCUAAGAUCUAAGAGAAUUGAAAUAGUGGGCAAUUCUCGACUGCUUAAUAUUAUCAUCCCAUAAAUGGAGAAUGUAAGUCGCAUAGGCUCUGGGUACCAGCGCUAUGUAUGCACCUCUAACGGUUAUUUAUGAGGUCUGUAAUUUUAAUCUUUAAUUCCCCCCCUCCUUAUUAUUCUCUACAGGGAAUCUGUUUAAUCUAUUCUACUUACCUUCUCUUUUGAUACCCAAAUACUAGCUUCCCUUGAUUAACCCCAUCCUAUACAUUUCUUUUUUAAUUGAUCAACUAUGCUCUUCUUUGUACUUCUUUUCUUUUCCAUACCUUCCCACAUUACUGAAGUUUGACUCUUCUUCUAUCUACUUCAUCCAAAGCACAGCUCACAGAUUGUCCUUUCAUUAAUUUUACCUUUCCUUAUUUUAAUUUAGGCCUACCUGCCCAACAGCCCUAAUCCUGGCAGAUAUGUCAUCAAUAUAAAGACGACUCUUAGAUUAUCUUUGCUCUUCCUUCUCAUUCUUGAAUCCCAAGAAACCCUACUAGCUUUAACCUUAUAUCUUAUGUCUCUUCUUUUCUCUAUUACUCCUAUAUGCAGGGACGUAUUAGCUGUGAGGCAAGCAAGGCAUUUGCCUUGGGCUGCAUUUUCCAGGGGGCGGCAAAAAAAAGCCACCCCCAAAUGCCCAGGGCAAAUGUCUUGUUACCAGUUUUAAAUCCAAUAUAACCAAUAAGUGCUAUACUAUAAGAGAUUUUAUUGGAUGUAGCACUACAAAUGUCAUCUACUUACUGGAGUGCCCAUGUGGCCUCCGAAAUGAAAUGGGCAUUCAAUUUACAGACCCUAGCCCCUCAAGGUUUAAACGUAGAUUUCGAUUUAUUAAAUUUUUUAUAACACCAUGGUUUAAACUGUUUUUUUAUUUAUUUCUGGAUUCAGUUUAUAUAUUGCUUUUUGCUGUCAGGUUGGGGCUAUCCUAUUCAUAGUUGUUAUUUUACGCAUUAUAGUCUAGGAUACCCCCAACCUGUGUGUAACGGAUCGCCUGGCACCCCGACUGGGUACCUCUGUUAAAGGAUGCUCCUAGCGCUUCCUGAGGACUCCAAACACUGCAGCAGACACCACAACCACCGAACCGGAGAAGCAUAUGAAUCCUCUCAAGCAUUUGAAUGCUGUAGACAGUUGAAUAGGAACCAUACGAAUAGGUUUACUCUCCUAGCAGUCAAACUGGAACAGCAUACAAUAAAUCCUUCCCCCAAUAAUGAGACGACACUUCACUUUGAGGGUUAAAACAGGAACUCCCUGUACUGUCACAUACAGUCUCUUUUAUUCCCAAUCCACAAACAUAGUACAGCCCACAGGGCGUUACAAAACAACCAAUCACAUCACAGUUACAUCCCACAUAUUCCCUCCCCUUAUCCUGAGAGGAAACUCAAUUAUACAUACAGUUAAAACAUACUUUCUACCCAACUUUCAUAACUCCAAAACCAUACAUCACAUUCACAUAAAAUUACAUAUUCACAAUCAAUCCAUUCAGGGGAACAACAUAUUCAAAAUGGCACAAAUCAGACAAGGGGUUCAAAAGUUAGUAAAAAGUCCUUUGUGACUAAAUGAAGCAUGGCUUUCUGGCCCAAACCAGUUUCAGAGUCUUCUAUCCUGGAGAUAAGUAAUUCAAUUAUCUCCCAGGACAGACACAAGACUCCAUUAAGCACAUGGUUGCAAAAAGACACAAAACACUUUAAAAUACAUAAAGUCACAUUUACACAUAACACACAGACAUUUCACAUAUCCCCAGAUAGCUGGGAUCUGAGUGCACAUUAUUAGAUGAAUGGCACUCAGAUCACACAAAUAAGCCUUUCUGCAGGGGAAAUAAACAGUUUAACCUGCAGGGCCAUAGUCCAAAGGGAGCAGGCGAGCAACCAGGCUUCUCCAGUUCACAGUGGCGAGGUUGGUUUCGCCACACUUCUCCCCUUUACCAACUAGACUAACAGGGUAUCUGACCUCCUGCCGGUCAGUGCCCUGGUUAGUCCAGCAACCCACCCACGAAGCACAAACAGCAAUACAGCCCACCCACAAUAACUGGUUACUACACCUGGAUAAAAUAGCAACUUGUCCAUGUCCAGGUGCCUCACCACGGCUGUGCGGGGGGCUGGUAGACUGCCUUGGUGGGUUGCUGAGUGGGCAGAGACCAGCGGUACUCUGCCCGGGUGCCAGCGCUACCACUGAAGUAGCCUGGUUGGAGCCUGGUUGGGGGAGGGGGAGACCGACUGUCUCCCCUCUGGAUACACUGCUCUGUGGCUGGGGGACAGGACCGACCGUCCCUGCCCCUGGGGCUGCAAGUGCAGAGACUACGGUCCCAUCUGCAUAGUUGUGGGGCUUAACAUCUCCCCUUGGUGGGUUAGGCUGCCGCUGGAGAGAGGGUGUAACAAGCUCCUCUCUCUGAACUGUAGACUGCCGCUGGGGAGAGGGGGUAACCUGCUCCUCUCCCUGACACUCUCUUUGCUGGUGGAGAGGGGGACCAACUGUCUCCCCUUUCAAUAUUUUGUCCUGCGGCUGGGGUGCGAGACAGAUGGUCUCUGCUUCCUGGGGUACACACUGCCGCUGGGGAGGAAGGACGGCACCUUCAUCUCCCUGGGGUACACGCUGCCGCUGGGGAGGGGGGGUAACGAGCUCCUCUCCCAUACAUACUUUCAGCCGCUGGGGAGAGGGGAUAACAAGCUCCUCUCCCUGACACUCUCUCUGCUGUUGGAGAGGGGUACCAACUGUCUCCCCUUUUAAUAUAUUGCCCUGCUGCUGGGGAGCGAGACCGACUGUCUCCGCUUCCUGCAGGACACACUGCCGCUGGGGAGGAAGGACUGCACCUUCUGCUCCCUGGGGUACACACUGCGGCUGGAGAUCUGGGCCGACCGCCCAGCAUCCCUGUAGGGCCGGUAGAGAGACCGCCAUCCCAUCUCCACCUGCCAUCUGUGGGUCUUCCCAGGACCAGUCUAUGAGGUCCCCUACUUCUGCCGCUGGUAGUGAAGCAGGGGGUACCUCGGCUGCGUUUUCCCAGCUGUAGGUUGGCAGGUCUGGGUCUCCCAGCCAGUUUUCCUGUUCUGUGUCUAUGCCCUGUGGCUGACAUGAGUUUAGUAGUUCCACAUAGUCCAUCUCUAGCUGUCGUUCCAUGGCAGCCAAACGGUGGAGGUCUUGUCCCAGUCCCAUAGAUCUCGGGCCCUGUACCAUCUCACCCCGGUAAUAAAAGAUAGCCCAGUACCGUGACUCUGCUGGACUGCCAAAGUCGACGUCUUCUGCUAAGGCCUUCCACAACAGGCCAGGGCUAGUGUAGUUCUCCCCCUCCGGCUGGAUGCCCUCUGCCCUCCAUGUCUCUGGCUGGACAGUGCACCACCACAGUGCCCGGUAUGAGGCGUCAAGGCUCAGUUCCCUUUCCACAAGGUACUCAAGUUGUCUGACCUGCUGCCCUCCGGGUUGGUCUCCCAGAAGCGGCAUCCGCCAGGCCAUUUGUUCCUCCAACCGGUAUGCGACACCAGGAAGGCGCUGCUGCCGUUGAUACUGGACUUCCUCCAGGGCAUUGUACCAUAGUUAUUGCCGGGCAAUAUCUCUCCAGUCCAAUUCACCCUCUUCCUCAGGUGUGCGAGGUGCCCAAGGAUCCACGAACCCCAUUUUCCCAAAUCUUUAUGUAGACAGGGACGCUGUAUAAACACUAGCGUCGCCUUCAAUUUGUAAAUCCAAACGAACUGUGUCUCUGAGCUGUUUUACCUCGCACUAGGACGCCAUCCCACCGCUUGCCACCAAUGUAACGGAUCGCCUGGCACCCCGACUGGGUACCUCCGUUGAAGGAUGCUCCUAGCGCUUCCUGAGGACUCCAAACACUGCAGCAGACACCACAAUCACCGAACCGGAGAAACAAAUAAAUUCUCCCAAGCAUAUGAAUGCUGUAGACAGUUGAAUAGGAACCAUACGAAUAGGUUUACUCUCCUAGCAGUCAAACUGGAACAGCAUACAAUAAAUCCUUCCCCCAAUAAUGAGACGACACUUCACUUUGAGGGUUAAACAGGAACUCCCUGUACUGUCACAUACAGUCUCUUUUAUUCCCAAAUCACAAACAUAGUACAGCCCACAGGGCGUUACAAAACAACCAAUCACAUAUCAGUUACAUCCCACAUAUUCCCUCCCCUUAUCCUGAGAGGAAACUCAAUUACACAUACAGUUAAAACAUACUUUCUACCCAACUUUCAUAACUCUAAAACCAUACAUCACAUUCCCAUAAAAUUACAUAUUCACAAUCAAUCCAUUCAGGGGAACAACAUAUUCAAAAAUGGCACAAAUCAGACAAGGGGUUCAAAAGUUAGUAAAAAGUCCUUUGUGACUAAAUGAAGCAUGGCUUUCUGGCCCAAACCAGUUUCAGAGUCUUCUAUCCUGGAGAUAAGUAAUUCAAUUAUCUCCCAGGAUAGACACAGACUCCAUUAAGCACAUGGUUGCAAAAAGACACAAAACACUUUAAAAUACAUAAAGUCACAUUUACACAUAACACACAGACAUUUCAUAUAUCCCCAGAUAGCUGGGAUCUGAGUGCACAUUAUUAGAUGAAUGGCCCUCAGAUCACACAAAUAAGCCUUUCUGCAGGGGAAAUAAACAGUUUUUAACCUGCAGGGCCAUAGUCCAAAGGGAGCAGGCGUUUUGUAGGCUUCUCCAGUUCACAGUGAGAGUUGGUUUUAAAUACACUGUGUGCAGGGAGACAGGGGACCUCCUUACACCAUAACCUUAUAGCUGCAGUUAUAAUACACUGUGUGCGGGGAGACGGGACCUCCUUACACCAUAACCUUAUAGCUGCAGUUAUAAUACACUGUGUGCAGGGAGACAGGGGAUCUCCUUACACCAUAACCUUAUAUCUGCAGUUAUAAUAAACUGUGUGGGGAGACAGGGACAGGGGACCUCCUUAUACCAUAAUCUUAUAUCUGCAGUUAUAAUAAACUGUGUGCGGGGAGACAGGGACAGGGAACUUCCUUAUACCAUAAUCUUAUAUCUGCAGUUAUAAUAAACUGUGUGCAGGGAGACAGGGACAGGGGACCUCCUUAUACCAUAACCUUAUAGCUGCAGUUAUAAUGCACUGUGUGCGGGGAGACAGGGGACCUCCUUACACCAUAACCUUAUAGCUUCAGUUAUGACACUAUUGUCGCGGGAGACGGGACUCCUAACACACCACUAACCUUAUAGCUGCAUUGCGUACAGUGUGGCCGGGGAGACGGGGACACUCCUUACACUAUAACAGCUGCAGUUACGCCAAUAUACUGUGUGCUUGAGGGAGGCGGACCUCCUUACACCACAGCUUAUAGCUGCAGUUAUAAUACACGGUGGCCAGCUGGGGAGACAGGGGACCUCCUUACCAUAACGUAUAGCUUCGGUUAUAUGGCCGGCGUUUGUUGAUUAGGCAGGUUUGUGACGUUCCUUUUGAGAGGACUCCUUACACCAUAACCUUAUAGCUGCAGUUAUAAUACACUGUGUGCUGGGAGACAGGGGACCUCCUUACACCAUAACCUUAUAGCUGCAGUUAUAAUACACUGCGUGCGGGGAGACAGGUUCCCUGUCUCACCGCACACAGUGUAUUAUAACUGCAGCUAUAAGGUUAUGGUGUAAGGAGGUGCAGCUAUAACGUUACACCAUAACGUUAUAGCUGCAGUUAUAAUACACUCUGUGCGGGGAGACAGAGACAGGGGACCUCCUUAUACCAUAAUCUUAUAGCUGCAGUUAAAAUACACUGUGUGUGGGGAGACAGGGGACCUCCUUACACCAUAACCGUAUAGCUUCAGUUAUAAUACACUGUGUACGGGGAGACAGGGGACCACCUUACACAUAACCUUAUAGCUGCAGUUAUAAUACACUGUGUGUGGGGAGACAGGGACAGGGAACCUCCUUACACCAUUACCUUAUAGCUGCAGUUUUAAUACACUGUGUGGGGAGACAGGGGACCUCCUUACACCAUAACCUUAUAGCUGCAGUUAUAAUACACUGUGUGCGGUGAGACAGGGAACCUCCUUACACCAUAACCUUAUAUCUGCAGUUAUAAAACACUGUGUGCAGGGAGACAUGGGACCUCCUUACAACAUAACCUUAUAGCUGCAGUUAUAAUACACUGUGUGGGGAGACAGGGGACCUCCUUAUACCAUAACGUUAUAGCUGCAGUUAUAAUACACUGUGUGUGGGGAGACAGAGACAGGGAACCUCCUUACACCAUAACCUUAUAUCUGCAGUUAUAAUACACUGUGUGUGGGGAGACAGAGACAGGGAACCUCCUUACACCAUAACCUUAUAUCUGCAGUUAUAAUACACUGUGUGCGGGGAGACAGAGACAGGGAACCUCCUUAUACCACAAUCUUAUAUCUGCAGUUAUAAUACACUGUGUGCGGGGAGACAGAGACAGGGAACCUCCUUAUACCAUAACCUUAUAGCUGCAGUUAUAAUACACUGUGUGCAGGGAGACAGGGGACCUCCUUACACCAUAACCUUAUAGCUGCAGUUAUAAUACACUGUGUGCGGGGAGACGGGACCUCCUUACACCAUAACCUUAUAGCUGCAGUUAUAAUACACUGUGUGCAGGGAGACAGGGGAUCUCCUUACACCAUAACCUUAUAUCUGCAGUUAUAAUAAACUGUGUGGGGAGACAGGGACAGGGGACCUCCUUAUACCAUAAUCUUAUAUCUGCAGUUAUAAUAAACUGUGUGCGGGGAGACAGGGACAGGGAACUUCCUUAUACCAUAAUCUUAUAUCUGCAGUUAUAAUAAACUGUGUGCAGGGAGACAGGGACAGGGGACCUCCUUAUACCAUAACCUUAUAGCUGCAGUUAUAAUGCACUGUGUGCGGGGAGACAGAGACAGGGAACCUCCUUACACCAUAACGUUAUAGCUGGAGUUAUAAUACACUGUGUUCAGGGAGACAGAGACAGGGGACCUCCUUACACCAUACCCUUUUAGCUGCAGUUAAAAUACACUGUGUGUGGGGAGACAGGGGACCUCCUUACACCAUAACCUUAUAGCUGCAGUUAUAAUACACUGUGUACGGGGAGACAGGGGACCACCUUACACAUAACCUUAUAGCUGCAGUUAUAAUACACUGUGUGUGGGGAGACAGGGACAGGGAACCUCCUUACACCAUUACCUUAUAGCUGCAGUUUUAAUACACUGUGUGGGGAGACAGGGGACCUCCUUACACCAUAACCUUAUAGCUGCAGUUAUAAUACACUGUGUGCGGGGAGACAGGGGACCUCCUUACACCAUAACCUUAUAGCUGCAGUUAUAAUACACUGUGUGCGGGGAGGCAGGGGACCUCCUUACACCAUAACCUUAUAGCUGCAGUUAUAAUACACUGUGUGCGGGGAGACAGGGGACCUCCUUACACCAUAACCUUAUAGCUGCAGUUAUAAUACACUGUGUGCGGGGAGACAGGGGACCUCCUUACACCAUAACCUUAUAGCUUCAGUUAUAAAACACUGUGUGCGGGGAGACAGGGGAACUCCUUGCAUCAUAACCUUAUAGCUGCAGUUAUAAUACACUGUGUGCGGGGAGACAGGGGACCACCUUACACAUAACCUUAUAGCUGCAGUUAUAAUACACUGUGUGUGGGGAGACAGGGACAGGGAACCUCCUUACACCAUUACCUUAUAGCUGCAGUUUUAAUACACUGUGUGGGGAGACAGGGGACCUCCUUACACCAUAACCUUAUAGCUGCAGUUAUAAUACACUGUGUGCGGGGAGACAGGGGACCUCCUUACACCAUAACCUUAUAGCUGCAGUUAUAAUACACUGUGUGCAGGGAGACAGGGGACCUCCUUACACCAUAACCUUAUAGCUGCAGUUAUAUUACACUGUGUGCGGGGAGACAGGGGACCUCCUUACACCAUAACCUUAUAGCUGCAGUUAUAAUACACUGUGUGCGGGGAGACGGGACCUCCUUACACCAUAAUCUUAUAGCUGCAGUUAUAAUACACUGUGUGCGGGGAGACAGGGGACCUCCUUACACCAUAACCUUAUAGCUUCAGUUAUAAUACACUGUGUGUGGGGAGACAGAGACAGGGAACCUCCUUACACCAUAACCUUAUAGCUGCAGUUAUAAUACACUGUGUGCGGGGAGACAGGGAACCUCCUUACACCAUAACCGUAUAGCUUCAGUUAUGAUACACUGUGUGCGGGGAGACAGGGGAACUCCUUGCAUCAUAACCUUAUAGCUGCAGUUAUAAUACACUGUGUGCGGGGAGACAGGGGACCUCCUUACACCAUAACCUUAUAGCUUCAGUUAUAAUACACUGUGUGUGGGGAGACAGAGACAGGGAACCUCCUUACACCAUAACCUUAUAGCUGAAGUUAUAAUACACUGUGUGUGGGGAGACAGGGGACCUCCUUACACCAUAACCUUAUAGCUUCAGUUAUGAUACACUGUGUGCGGGGAGACGGGACCUCCUUACACCAUAACCUUAUAGCUGCAGUUAUAAUACACAGUGUGUGGGGAGACAGGGGACCUCCUUACACUAUAACCUUAUAGCUGCAGUUAUAAUAUACUGUGUGCGGGGAGACGGGACCUCCUUACACCAUAACCUUAUAGCUGCAGUUAUAAUACACAGUGUGUGGGGAGACAGGGGACCUCCUUACACCAUAACCGUAUAGCUUCAGUUAUAAUAUACUGUGUGCGGGGAGACGGGACCUCCUUACACCAUAACCUUAUAGCUGCAGUUAUAAUACACUGUGUGCAGGGAGAAAGGGGACCUCCUUACUCCAUAACCUUAUAGCUGCAGUUAUAAUACACUGUGUGCGGGGAGACCUCCUUACACCAUAACCUUAUAGCUGCAGUUAUAAUACACUGUGUGCAGGGAGAAAGGGGACCUCCUUACUCCAUAACCUUAUAGCUGCAGUUAUAAUACACUGUGUGCUGGGAGACAGGGGACCUCCUUACACCAUAACCUUAUAGCUGCAGUUAUAAUACACUGUGUGCUGGGAGACAGGGGACCUCCUUACACCAUAACUGUAUAGCUUCAGUUAUAAUACACUGUGUGCGGGGAGAUUACACCGUAAUCUAUACAAUAAACACUUGAAGAACCACAAGUUGUUCUUGAAACUACAAUUCAGACUGCAUGUGAAUUAAUCUCUAAUUUAAAUAAAAUUUUAGUAAAACAGUGGUCUAAUUGCAAUGAGCACCAAGACAACGUUAGCUUAAUGAAGCAGUUUUGGUGUAUAGAACAUGCCCCUGCAGCCUCACUGCUCAGUUCUCUGCCAUUUAGGAGUCAAAUCACUUUGUUUAUGCAGCUCUAGCAACACCUCAUCUGGCUGUGACUUACACAGCCUUUUUACACACUUCUUAAGAGGUUUAUUUUUUAAACCUACUUUAUUGCGCAGUGUGGUUUAAAGGGACAGUAUAGGCACUCAGACAACUUCAGCUCAUUGAAGUGGUGUGGGUACAAUGUCCCAGGUCCCUUAACCCUGCAAUUGUAAUUAUUUAAUAGAUUUAAAUAAGCUGCAAUAAUUACCUUUGGGGGUUAAUUCCACCUCUUGUGGCUGUUUACCAGACAGCCACUAGAGGGCUUCCGACUUUUGGUCGCCUAAUUGACGCUGGAUGUCCUCACACUAUGCAGAAGGACAUCCAUUGACACCUGAAAUCCCAUGGGAAAGCCAUUGACUUACAUUAGGUACCCUUUGUCAGCAGGUCCCAGCGCCAAGGGACAUCAGCUCUGGAAUCAGGUAAGUGACAGAAGAGUUUUGUUUAACCCCAUGGGAAGGAGGAAGGGGGCAAAACAACUUUUUUCCUGGAACUAAAGUUUCCCUUUCAUUUGAAAUCUCCUGCUCUGUUAUUUGCCUGCUAGAGCCCACAGCAGCCUCCUAUGUGUCAUUAAAGUUCAAUUAAAAGAGCAGGAGAUAUAAACUCCUGAAGCAAACACCCUGUGCUGUAAGAUUUAAUUGAAAAUGAAACUAUUUUUUAAAUGUAGCCUGUGUGUUUAGGGCAGCAUAAACAGAAACAAUCGGGAUUUAACUCCUAAAUGGCAGAUUGAGCGGUGAGACUGUUUUGGUGCUUAGGAAAGUGUCCCAUGAAAUAUCAGUGAUUACUAAACGCAAACAUAGAAGUGAAGGAUCCGGGCACUUCAGUAGGGAAUGCAGACUUGAAAUGGACACAAUGCAAAAUUAUGAAUCUUUGACUACUCAAUGUGGUCCUUAUCAAAUCUGACAUCUGGUAUAAUCUGAAUUUGAUAAAUCUGAUAUAGUCUAGAUUUGAUUAAGACCACAUUGUGUGGUCAAAAUGUCAUCAUUUUGUAUUUUGUGUCCGAUUAAAGUCUGCGUGCCCGGAUCCUUUUCUUCCAUAUCUGCAUUUUCAAGGGGUUUGCCCACUUUGUGUCCUCCGCUACACUAAUGGGUUAUUAUUCUAUUGCAAGUGUGCAGUCCCUAAACACUGACCUGCCUUGUCACACUUUUAAUAGGGAAGCACUUGGGGAGGAUCCUAAUGUUCACAAGGAUAAGAAGGAAGAGCCCAGAAAGAGCCAUAAGCAGGUUGAGCACAGCAGACAGGUGAGCUUGCAAUCUAAGACCGAUGGUUUGCUGCUGGUUGAAUGUUGCCAGUGUUUGUUUAAAUCUCUCUCAGACAUUUUCUAGAUGUCACUGUGUACAGUCAUGUCAUUAAAUGCAUGAGUCCUGAGUAUAAAUGUUUUUGGAGUGCACAUGAUGUGGAAACAAGCCACGGACACACUUUAUAUGACACACUAUUUUCUAAAAACCAGGAAGUGCCUCUAUUGGCUGUCUGAUUGACAGCUGUCUUAACCCUGCAAUGUAAUUAUUGCAGUUUAUCAGAAUUUCCAAUAACAAACAUUACGGGGACAGGUACAUUGCACCCAGACUACUUCAAUGAGCUCUAAAUAUAACUGGGGAAUUUCUGUUCAUAAUGCUAUAAUGUCCGUUGAAGUAGCACAUUGCCUAUAUUGUUUCCAUCUAUAUACAUUUAAGUUACUGGAUCAACACUUUUAGCUAAUUUUCUAAUGGACCUUGCCUCACCCAUAACUAAUCAGUAUUGCUUUGUGUCUUGCUUUCAAUAAAUGCAGCUUUCUUUAUUCAGAAGUUGGUUGUGGUUAUUGGUGAUUAUCAUCCACAAGGCUAUACCUGUUGUUUAGUACCUGUGCAAAUUCAAUGAAUAAUUCAGGUUUAUUUCCUGAUAAAGCUUACAUACACUAAACAUAUUACACUGCACAUGGAAUCUGAAAGUAAAUCAUUUUGUGAUAUCUUUCUCUCAUUCUCAGCGAUUGACCAAACUGUUGAGGGAUGGCACAGAACUAGUGACUAAUGUUCAGAUAGCAGCUGAUGCCAGGGAGACCCAAAGAAGGGCAGAAGAAGAAGAGCUGAGGAGACUAAGGUAUGGGUUGUGGACACCAUCCAACGAUAUAUACAUGUGCCGAACAUGAAGUCACAAACAUGUCUCGUCUGAACUUAUUAAUGGUUUUACACUCAUUUAGAAAGACCGGCAGCUCUUCAUCAUGAAUAGUGGGUUAUAGCAUUAACUGAUAGUAGCCAUACAACUUUUGCUAUCUUAUACAAAACUAGUUUCAGGCUGUGAGUAGUGAACUACUAAACUGUGAUCCGUGCAGAAAGCCACUCUCCGGGAAGGAAGAGUAUGCUUCCUUGUGGUAAAUCCAGAGUGCACACACAAUACACAUCUCACUCAAAGGAGAACAUCUGAGAGCCAGAUCUGUAUUCCUGACACUGCAAAGUCUUGAUGUGCUUAUUUAGUUUCAGGGCCUCACCAGUGUUAGUAAUUAAAACAAAAAUGAAUGGGAAAAAAAGAAAUGACUCACCUUCUCUCCACCAUCGGGUCUUUCGCAACCUGCUCCUCGUCUGAUGUUUCCUGGAUGAUGGUCCAAUCCAUUGCUCCUGAUAGAUUAGCAUUGAAGACUGUAGGUGAAUGCACGGCGCUUGCCGUGAUGUGCCUAUGAUCCUGCCAAAGAGAAUCUUUGAAUACAGUGAGAGCACGGUGGAUGCGCAGAUGGCGUCACGGUAUAUUAGAGUGUGAAAGACGGGAAGUAACAGUCUCGGCUGUCGUAUAGAGAGGGCUUGGAAGGCAUUUUAUUUUAAUACAAAUAUUUAAAAUAAAAUUUUUUAGGAGAUAGGACUAAAGGCACUGUAACAACUUCCAUAACAUGAAGGUUGUUUAGAUUUAUUUUUUGCUGUGCAUGAAGUACAAAACACACCUACCACGCCAUAAUAGCACCAUAAUAGCACGCAUAGGCUCAGUAAUAUCAAACAAUUAGAAACACAGAUGUGGCAUGAGAAACAAUAGCACAAUUUUAAGGUAUAUUAAGCAGGCUAAGUAAGUAUGUCUAGAUAGCGAGAGAAAUAUAUGCUUGCUAGUAAACAAAUCUUCCAGACAUUCUAGAUGUAAGACUAGAGUAUUCAACCCCACAGAUCCCCAACACUAUUAAAUAGGCUUCCAGGGCAUAAUGAUACACAGUGCCGCUGCUGCAUCCAUCCACGCUGUAUGGUGAAACAAGCACUCCGCAUGUGCAGGCUUGAGGGUAAGUUGCACCUGACUCUCACCCUUCUGGCCAAGUGUCUCUACCGCUGCCGGGUCCUACAUUUGGUUGCGGUCCAGACCUUCCGUGCAUUUGUUCCAUGCAUUUGGUCCUGAGAUGGCUGGAAAAGAAAGUGCAGCGCCUGAAGUAUCCUUUAGGGAAUGUAUGCAAUGACAAAAAAGGGAAAACAAAAAUGACUGAUAGUGUAGUUAAAAACUUCUUAAUAGAGUAAGGAAAAUUAAAAAUUGUACACUCACACUUUCAGGGAGCUUAAAUACAGCUCCGACCUGGGCAAAAUGAUCCACGCCUAUGGAUAUAGUACAGAUUCUUCAAGUUUUCCUUACUGCGAUGGGUAUCCUCAUAAAACACAAAAGACAAAAUAAAAGUAUAUAGUAUAGUAUGGUGAGCUAAUAAGCAGGGGUAGGUAUGUAGUUAGGUGUACACUCACAUAUUUUGGAGCCUAAGUAUUGGCUCCAGAAGUAAUACGUGAAGUGGGUUGAUCCCCACUCUAGGAUAUAGGUGAUGUGGAUAAUCCUCCGUGUAUAUAUAAAAGAGAAAUAAAAAGCCAAAGUAGUGCGCACCUUAAAACAUAAUAAAAACUUACUCAUAUGCUCCAGAGAAAAAUGAGGUUUGCUCAAUCUAAUUGGCUUGGGUGGUAUUAUCCCCACCAAGGAUAUAUAGCUCAGGAUUCAGCAGCAGAAAAACAGGUCAAAUAAAAAAGGCCUAGUAAUGAACUUGCAUGCGGCUAGUUUCUUUCAGAACAGUGCAAAGAUCUUAUUCAGCUUGUCCAGCACAGUCAUCUCUCCACAACUGGGUUUGGAGAAGCAUGUGGCGUUGCCAUUUUAUGUGCCACAUGAUAUCAACACUUUUUGGGCCCUAAAGCAGAGGAGCCAUCUGGGUAUAGACUGGGAUCACCUCCACCGGUGCAAAGGGGUGGGCCGGUAGGGCACUAACUGUCAGCUCUGGUCACUCAGGGCGGGAGAGCGACUGCCUCUACCUUCUUCAGUGCGCACCAGGUCACAGAGUAUUUAGAGCCUUCAUCCAAGUUUUGUCCAUAGAUAGAUAGAUAUUUGUCGCUUAUAUUGGGUAGACCCAAGCUGGAGCAACGUACAAGUCAAUGUAGAGUGUUGAUGAGUCUGGUACUUGACCCACUGAUUUUUGAGCAAUUGCCUGGAGUUCAUGCAGGUCACGUCCUGCUGGCAUGGCAGUCAGGCCUCGCACCCUUAUAAAGGUUGUUUUAGUGCCUACAGUAUUCAGUUAAUUUUGCAAAUCAAUGUAAUUUUAAGGCACGCUUGGCAGGAAGACUAAGUGCAUGAGAUGUAUCCUUUGUAAUGGUACAACUUGUUAUGGUGCUUAGACUGACACCUUUAUGUUGGCAGGGGAUUUGUGAUACACUUUGUAUUAUUUACAUGUUAUUUAAGGCUUACAAAACAGUGGCUCUGAGUUUUCUCUCUAAUCGUUUAUCUAUGUCAGUGACAUUAUCUGUGUUGUUCAUAUCAAAACUCUGUAUUUGAGAUACCUCUUCUCUUGUAGAAAUUCCUAGUCUAACGCUACUAUAUCCUCUGCUCAUUUUACCAGAAUAGAGAGAUUAGAUAAUGAGGCCAAGACCAGCCUGGAGAAAUUUGAGGAAAUCACAAAAAAAUGGUUGUCCACUGGAACUAAGAAGAUCCCUCAGGAGCAGUGGGAGUUACUGAACUCUCAGCAGCAGCAAUGCGGCCAGCUCAUCGAGGACAAGAACAAGCUCAUUGGCGAGCUGCAACAGGUGGGUCUUCUGGGUAAUACUUCACAUCUUUUAUAAAGUAGGGGUUCAGGUUAAUACACUCUGAUAUGUGUAUAAUUUGGGGGGAGGGGACCUGGUAAUCCACUCUGACAUGUGUAUAAUGUAGGGGUAUCGGGUAAUGGUCGCUGAUAUGUGUAUAAUGUGGGAUACAGGGUAAUACAUUAACAUUUGUAUAAUGGGGGAGGGGUACCGCGUGAUACACUCUGACAUUUGUAUAAUGGGGGGGUUCCCGCGUGAUACACUCUGACAUGUGUAUAAUGUAGGGGUAUCGGGUAAUGGCCGCUGAUAUGUGUAUAAUGUGGGAUACAGGGUAAUACACUAACAUUUGUAUAAUGGGGGGAGGGGUAUCGCGUGAUACACUCUGACAUUUGUAUAAUGGGGGGUUUCCGCAUGAUACACUCUGGCGUGUAUAAUGUAGGGGUAUCGGGUAAUGGUCGCUGAUAUGUGUAUAAUGUGGGAUACAGGGUAAUACACUAACAUUUGUAUAAUGGGGGGAGGGGUACCGCGUGAUACACUCUGACAUUUGUAUAAUGGGGGGGGUUCCGCGUGAUACACUCUGACAUGUGUAUAAUGUAGGGGUAUCGGGUAAUGGCCGCUGAUAUGUUUAUAAUGUGGGUUACACAGUAAUACACUGACAUUUGUAUAAUGGGUGGGUACCGCAUGAUACAUUCUGACAUGUGUAAAAUGUGGGGGGACCCGGUUAUACAUUUUGCCAUGUGUAUAAUUGGGGGUAAAAUGUAUAAUUUGUGUCAUAGGUUAGGUAACAUUGUAAAAGUCGUUGGUAUGUGUUCUACGGAGACUACCUCUGGCAUGUGUAUAAGGUGUGUACUGAUAAAUUUAGUAUGUUAAUAUGUUACUGCUAUCAAUGAGCGUUUAUUACCCUUUAUCUUACUGCAUGGAAACCCUGCAUGACCGAUUGCGUGUCUCUAUAGGAGCUGAAAAGAAAAGAUGAUCAUUACGUUAAGGACCUGAAGAAACAGGCAGAAGACAUUGACAUUCUGAUUGGAAGGAUGGAGGAGCAGAUAAAGAAUUUAAUGAAGACCUACCGGGAGGAACUCCUGGAGAUUGAGGUAGACAGACGCACGGCAUUGCUCUGACAUCACAUACGUAUCGGAAAGCUAUUUACAGUUUGUAGGGAUGGCACCUCUUACUGAUAGAAAAGAUUCUACCAGCCAUUACACCAUAUACCAAUAACUGUUAGAUGUCGUGCUUCAAUGCUUCAUUGGCUCCAUCAUGGCCAGAUGUGUAUUCAUGAUGAUGGACUUGGUUAACAUUCUGUUUGUAACGGUAUUGUAUGGUGCGCUGCUGGACUUUAUACAAUACACAAGGAGCAAGUUUUUGUUGGAGAAAUUAAGAAUAACAUACAUUAAAAAUGCCGAUUCUGCUGUACCAGAACAUGUCCUGCACAGUAUGUUGAUGCUUUUUUUUAUCUGUCAUCCAGAUACGACAUGACUCUUUUCAUAGGAUGUGCUUUUUAAUCUAUACAUUGUUGUUGCAAAUGCUUUGUUUUACCUUGUGCUGAUGUUUGUAUUUCGCAGAGAGCCUUCGAAUCGGAGAGACGUGAGCUUUUAAACAGUAGCAGAAACAAGUGGGAGAAGGGAAUGCAGGCUCGCAGGGACAAGGAGGUAACAAGUUCGCACUGCAUCCAAGGCUAUAAUGCAGAUCACUUUUUGUGCUCUUGUGUCUGGUGCCAAAAAUCUGGCAUAAUAAAGGAUUAAUACUUUAUUUUCUUGUCAGCAAGUAGGAUUUAUGAAAAGUAUCCCCUUCCUCUUCUACUAAUAGAACUCAUUUCAGCAGAUUAAUAGCUGCACAUUCACGUUCAUUAUGCAGGUUGUUUGUAUGAGCCGCGUGCAUACACAGAUUAUAAUAUUAGUUCUUCUUAACGUUAGUUACGAUAUAUGCUUGGCUGGACAUUAUGAACUGAACACAUUGAAAUUCUUUUUUCACAGCUGGAAGACCUGAUGAACCGAAUGAAGAAAGUGGAGGAAUACGAGAAUCAACUAAACCAACUACGGGUCCAGGAUGGCGAGGAAUACAAUUUGAUCAAGAUCAAACUGGAGAAUGACGUGCAGGUUUGAGAGGGGAUUGUCUACUUGGAGAAUGAUAUUUAGAAUAUAGAUGGUACUAUGAUCAAUGAUCUUACUCGAGAAUGAUAUACAGGGCAGAGAGGGGACCAUGGCUCAGAUAGUAACUGGAGAAUGAUAUAUAGAAUAUAGAUGGUACUAUGAUCAAUGAUCUUACUCGAGAAUGAUAAACAGGACAGAGAGGGGACCAUGGCUCAGAUAGUAACUGGAGAAUGACAGAGAAUGAUAUAUAGAAUAUAGAUGGUACUAUGAUCAAUGAUCUUACUCGAGAAUGAUAUACAGGACAGAGAGGGGACCAUGGCUCAGAUAGUAACUGGAGAAUAACAGAGAAUGAUAUUUAGAAUAUAGAUGGUACUAUGAUCAAUGAUCUUACUCGAGAAUGAUAAACAGGACAGAGAGGGGACCAUGGCUCAGAUAGUAACUGGAGAAUGAUAUAUAGAAUAUAGAUGGUACUAUGAUCAAUGAUCUUACUCGAGAAUGAUAUACAGGACAGAGAGGGGACCAUGGCUCAGAUAGUAACUGGAGAAUAACAGAGAAUGAUAUUUAGAAUAUAGAUGGUACUAUGAUCAAUGAUCUUACUCGAGAAUGAUAAACAGGACAGAGAGGGGACCAUGGCUCAGAUAGUAACUGGAGAAUGAUAUAUAGAAUAUAGAUGGUACUAUGAUCAAUGAUCUUACUCGAGAAUGAUAUACAGGACAGAGAGGGGACUAUGGCUCAGAUAGUAACUGGAGAAUGACAGAGAAUGAUAUAUAGAACAUAGAUGGUACUUUGAUCCAUGUUCUUACGCGAGAAUGAUAUACAGGACAGAGAGGGGACCAUGGCUCAUAUAGUAACUGGAGAAUGACAGAGAUCGAAAAUUAAAAUUGAGAUUGUACUAUGAUCAAUGAUCUUACUCGAGAAUGAUAUACAGGACAGAGAGGGGACCAUGGCUCAGAUAGUAACUGGAUACAGAUUUGCAGGGUGGAGGGAACAUGCUAAUUGUGAAACUGGAUACAGAUGUGCAGGGUGGAGGGAACAUCAUAUUGAGGAACUGGAUACAGAUGUGCAGAGCAGUGCAGGAAAUCAAGGAGAUAAUGGCUAAAGGGUCACUGUAGACACUGGAACUGCUUCAUCUUAUUGAAGUGAUUAUGGUAUCUGGUCGUCCUCUCCGUGCUGCUUGGGUUCAUGCAGCAAUGAGUGACUGUGAUUGGCUGAGAGUGUCAGCUGACCACUUUCAGCCUAGCAGAGCUCUUAUUGCUGGUAUGAGUUGGUAUGGUAGAAGGAAGUGUAUGAGCUCUGCCUGGGAUGUGGGUGGCCGUGACCCUCAUUCAGUGUUAAAUUGCGUGAAAAUGAAUGGGAGGAUUGAAACGGUUAUAGUGCCUACAGUGGAAAUGGAUACUGAUGUGCAGGAUGGAGCGGAGAAUACCAAUUCUGUUUUAUUAACAUUUUCUCCUAAUAAUUAAUAAAUAAUAAACCUGGAAAAGGUACAGAUGAGAAGAAAAGAGUCACAAACAUGUUUGUCCAUAAACUGCAUUAAUAACAAGGACAUAUCCCUGUGGGCAGCUAAAAUGACAGCGUGUUUAUCUAUUGACUGAUAUGUGUGAUCUCUCCUCUACACAUUGAUAUGAUGACAUUGUCAGCUGGACCUGGGGCAAUUACCGCUGUUAUAAAUGUCUGUUUUAUUACGUUAGCUCCUUCAGCAGCAGCUGCAGCAAAUGAAAGCAACCUACCAGCUAAACCAGGAGAAGCUGGAGUAUAACUACCAGGUGUUAAAGAAGCGUGAUGAGGAAAAUACAGUCACCAAGUCUCAGCAGAAAAGGAGGAUUACACGGUAA